AUGUCAACUCAAAACGUGAGAAGACGUAGAUGCCUGGUGAACAUUCUCUUCCUCGCCGUCUCUUCUCUUUCAGUCGUUUCCGGUUUCAGUGAUGGAAGCAAGCUUGCCAAGGGCAGUGCUGCAACUAGGACGCUUUAUUGCAACAGGCAACCCGGACGACGAGCUCCAUUACACUUUGACCCUAACUGCAAGGGAUUUUGUGAACCGCGUUCAGAUUUUGAACAGUUCUACACUCUGGCUAUCAGCAACACCACGUACUGGCUAGAUGUUGUUAGGGUCAACAUCAGUGCUAAACCGACAUCGGGAAAAUCCAUCACUGGGUUUUCCGUUUACGCCAUUGAUGAGAGCGGUCACGUGGCAGGAAUCUUCGUUGAAGAUGACACCGACGUUAUUGUCGGCACGUGUAACGAUCUCAUCGCCAUUACUGACGAAACUCACGCUGCCUUCCACAAAAUGGCUAACCACAGUCGCAAGAACAUCUCCAUACAGUGGCAGCCAGAUGGUUAUAAUCAUGGCAGGGUUAGGUUUAUCAUGUCCGCCAUUGACAUCAACAUGUUUGAAGACUCUUUCAAAUAUAGAUCAACAAAGGGAUACAACCUGGAUCUGACCAAUCCAUUUUCAGCUUUCUCCAAGUCGCCAUCUACAAAUGACCUCGUUCCGGCUAAUUUAACAAAAUCCAGUGAAGGAUCGAAUCCGGCUCCUGUAGAUUCUUCAGUUCCUACACCCCAGCUGGAGGGAGGAGGUUCAGAUGGGUCUUCGGCGUUAAAGGUGGGUGCAGGUAAUGGAACUUCCGGUGUCAAUGGUGCCAACGUCCUUGACAACAGAGAUAUGAACACCACUAAGGUUAAUAAUGUCAAUGACACCGAUUUGUUCAAAAUGGGUGAAAACAAACUGAGCAUUACGAAUGACAGCAGAAUGGACAAUAUGAAUGACACUAAGACUGUUGAUGGGAACAACUCCAGUUUGUUCAGUAUGAACGGAGUCGCCGUAGGUAAUGUGAAUGACACCAAGCUGUAUAAUAUGAAUGACACAUAUAACGUGAACGGAACCGAUUUAAAUCAGGGUAAUGACACCAAUAUGUAUACUAUAAACGGAACUAGCAUGGAUAAUAUGAAUGAUACCAACCUGAAAAACACUAAAGAAACCACCUCGCCUCACAUGAGUGAAACCACCACGCCUAACAUGAAUGACACCAACCCGUACAGUAGUAUGAAAACCAAUAUGAACGACACGAAUGACACGAUUAUCAGAAAUCUAACAUUCAUGCCUCCCGGCAAAGAUUCCCAAACUACACAAACGGAUGACAUAUUCAAACUCAACAUUCAAAAUACUACUCAGGCGACUGUUGUCGGAUCCACCGGUUCCCAACUUACGCAACCAAGCAACAAGACACAGUUAAAUGCAGAAACCACUCCCAACACUUCCGAUAACAGCUUGAAUUCAACUCCCUUAGCGGGAUCCAUAGAUUUUGCAGGAGGAACCAAAGUUGACAAUGAUGGCUAUUUUACUACAGCCUAUCCUGCAAAUCCGGCGGCCAAUAAAGUGGGAAUUUUGGCGGCAUCACCUUUUGAUGGUCCUGGUAUUAACAAUGCCGAUGUGCUUCUUCCAGCAGUUAUGUGA